CCAACGCAUUCCGCAAGGAAAAAAGCUGGUGGAAAACUGGCGCAAUAAUUGUUACAAAUUGGAAAUAAUAUGAGUGAACAUAAAAACAAGCGAACAUUGUAAUAACAAAGCCAAAGUACAUAGCACAGCUGGGCGAACAAAAAUUACCACAAAAAAAAUUAUGAAGCAAGAAAAGAAAAUACUAUUACAGGUGUCGAUGGGGGGAUUUGUAGGAGGUGGCGUACAUUAAUUGACGCAACGUCGUUAGGGUAGUAGUGGUGCUGAUACGGACGUCUGUAUAUGGGUUAGGGGCAUGUGAUGCGGAAGAACGUAGUGAACAAGCUAACAUGUUAAUUAUAGGAUGUGAAUUACACGUCAGUGUAUUCAAUCAGCAGUUUAGUAUAUUCUUAAGUGCACAGAAGAUAAGCUUAUAACUUGAGAGAAAACAGGAAUUCAAGAGUCGUGGCAAGCCAGUUUUAUAUUUCGCUUAUUUGGCAAAUUUUGAAGCAAAAGCAAACGAACGGUAUGUCAACACAAACAACACACGCCCCAACGGCGCCGGAAUUGCCCACAACAUCACAUGGUGAAGCGUCAGCACCGCCUACUGAAUCAAUGGACGAUUGGACUUAUUUCGACAACGCAACAAACGAUGACACAGAGCAAACUGCAACCACUGCAGCACAGCAAACCGCCACAACAACAACAACCGAAACUGUGAACUCUACCACUGAUAAUGCCGCAUCGAAAACUACAACUUCCACGACGUAUUCGUUUCCAGGCAGCGCCCUCGGCAGCGAUUCCACAGCGAACAUAAACAGCAUUAAAACAGAGAGCAGCAGCACUAGUGGUGAUUCUAAAAAUAAAAACAACGAAGAGGAGAAAGUCGAUGAUUCCAUGUAUGAAUGUAAUAUUUGUCUCGAUACCGCAAAGGACGCAGUCGUCAGUCUGUGCGGCCACUUAUUUUGUUGGCCAUGCCUGCAUCAGUGGUUGGAGACACGUCCAAAUUGCAAAUUAUGCCCAGUUUGUAAAGCAGCAAUUGGCAAGGAUAAAGUAAUACCGCUAUACGGACGCAACAGCACCAAGCAAGAGGAUCCCAGAAAUAAGGUGCCACCGCGUCCCGCUGGUCAGCGUACUGAGCCAGAGCCACAACAAGGUUUCCAGGGUUUCGGCUUUGGUGAUGGUUUCCACAUGUCUUUCGGUAUUGGCGCUUUUCCAUUCGGUUAUUUCGCUUCGUCUUUCAACUUUGGUGAACCCCGUGCAGCUGCCGCCAACCGUGGCACCGUGCAAUAUGAAGAUGAACAGCAAUUAUCUAAAUUAUUCCUGUAUUUGGCUAUCUUGUGCAUUGCUUGGUUAUUAUUCGCAUAGCAAUACUAAAUCGAUUAUACUUACAUACCUAAAUAUAUAUAUUUAUGCAAAGAGCCCACUUUUUAAUUUGUUGCUCCGUGCUUGCGAUUAUUAAUAAGAAAUUCAAUUAUGUACAUGUGUGCAAUUUAUUAACGAAACAUACAUACAUACGAAAUUGCAAAUACUUUUAACAUUGUGAAAUUACAUUGUCGAACGAAAGAGGAAGUAAUCUUAAAGCGUAAAAUUAUAAAAAAGUGAUACCUUCAAAAUAAAUGUAUGUAAUGAAUUAAAAAACAAAACUAACAGUAAACUAAUUAAAAUCAUUUUCAUCAUAAAUGUACGUACAUGCAUAUCUACCUGCAUUUCGUAAUAUACAUAUAUUUCAUACUAUGAGUUUUUGUGACGAAAUAGCAUUGAAGUCAGUUUUAGUUGCUCAAACAAAAUUCCUGUAUUUUAAAAUUUUAUGAUCUUUCGGUCUUUUAUUUUUUAAGUAAUCUUUACAUUACAACAAAUUGUACCUAAA